AGCCGCAGCGCGCAGACGCCACAAGCCAGCCGAGCGCCAGCGUGCCGUAAGUGCGCAGGCGCGUCAGCCGCUCUCUUUUCUGCCAGUCUUCUCCCAGUCCCUAGACGUCAGCGGCCGUUGGGUCUUAUGUCGCGCCGGGCCCUCCGGAGGCUAAGGGGGGAACAGCGCGGACAGGAGCCCCUCGGGCCCGGCGCCCUGCAGUUUGGCUUCCGUGAUGACGAUGAUGCGGAAGAAGGACCAAAGCGGGGACCAGGCGCUCGGCGCCUCCGGGUUGCAGAGAAGGAGGGUGUCCAAGUCAACAACCGGUUCGAGCUGAUAAACAUUGAGGACCUGGAGGAGGGGCCAGUGGUGAAUGGAGAGAGUCUGCCCACAGAUGCUGCGGUGUCGGGGAGCAAAAGGAGGUCCCAGAGUGGAGGUGCCGAGCGCAAGAAGGAUGGAGAGGAGGCUGGCAGGGCAGCACCCCUGGAGCAGUCUAAUACGAGUGGCAAACUCCGAAAGAAGAAAAAGAAGCAGAAAAAUAAGAAAAAUGCUACGGGAGAAACUUUGGAAAAUGGGCUGGAAGACAUCGAUCGUAUCUUGGAGCGGAUCGAGGACAGUGGUGGCCUGGGGCGGCCCAGCCCGCAGCCCCUGAGUACGAGGAGGCACGUCCUGUAUGUGGAGCACAGACACUUGAAUCCUGACACCGAACUGAAAAGGUAUUUUGGCGCUCGAGCUGUCCUGGGGGAGCAAAGGCCACGGCAGAGACAGCGCCUGUACCCCAAGUGUACGUGGCUGACGACCCCAAAGAGCACCUGGCCCCGGUACAGCAAGCCAGGCCUGUCCAUGCGGCUGCUGGAGUCCAAGAAAGGUCUGUCCUACUUUGCAUUCGAGCACAGCGAGGAGUACCAGCAGACACAGCACAAGUUCCUGGCCGCCGUGGAGUCUAUGGAGCCCAACAACAUCGUGGUCCUGCUGCAGACCAGCCCCUACCACGUGGACUCGCUGCUGCAGCUCAGCGACGCCUGCCGCUUCCAGGACGACCAGGAGAUGGCACGAGACCUCGUGGAGAGAGCGCUGUACAGCAUGGAGUGUGCCUUCCACCCCCUGUUCAGCCUCACCAGUGGGGUGUGCCGGCUGGACUACCGCAGACCUGAGAACAGGAGCUUCUACCUGGCCCUGUACAAGCAUCUGAGCUUCCUAGAGAAGCGUGGCUGCCCACGCACGGCGCUGGAGUACUGCAAGCUCAUCCUGAGCCUGGAGCCAGACGAGGACCCCCUGUGCAUGCUGCUGCUGGUGGACCACCUGGCCUUACGGGCACGCAGCUACGAGUACCUGAUCCGCCUGUUUGAGGAGUGGGAGGCUCACCGGAACCUGUCCCAGCUCCCAAACUUUGCCUUCUCCGUGCCCUUGGCGUAUUUCCUGCUGAGCCAGCAGGCAGACCUCCCAGAGCAGGAGCUCAGUUCCACAAGGGAGAAGGCCUCCCUCCUGCUGCGCCAGGCACUCACCAUGUUCCCCGGAGUUCUGAUGCCCCUGCUGGAGGACUGCAGCGUGCGGCCUGACGCCGCCGUCGCCGGUCACCACUUCUUCGGACCCAGUGCCGAGAUCAGCCAGCCCCCCGCCCUGCGGCAGCUGGUGAGCCUGUACCUUGGGCGGUCACACUUCCUGUGGAAGGAGGCCACCACCAUGAGCUGGCUGGAGGAGAACGUCCGGGAGGUCCUGCGGGCGGUGGAUGCCGGGGACCCUGCCGUGGAAGAGUGUGAGAGCAGGCGGAAGGUGCUCUACCAGCGUGCACCCAGAAAUAUCCACCGUCAUGUGAUCCUCUCUGAGAUCAAGGAAGCUGUUGCCGCCCUCCCCCCGGACGUGACCACGCAGUCUGUGAUGGGCUUUGACCCUCUGCCUCCUCCGGACACCAUCUAUUCCUACACGAGGCCUGAGAGGCUGAGUCCCGCGAGCCGUGGAAACACAAUUGCCCUCUUCUUUCGGUCACUGCUGCCCAGUUACACCACAGAGGGGGAGAGGCCAGAGGAUGGAGGGGCCGAGGGGCUGGACCGCAACCAGGGCUUGAACAGGCUGAUGCUGGCCGUGCGAGACAUGAUGGCCACCUUCCACUUCUACGACCCGGAGGCUCCGCAGGAGGCCCACGCCGAGGGGGAUGGGGAGUGGGACUGAACAGGGGACGCCGUGCCUGCACUGUGCAGUGACGGUCCUGACUCAUCUGGUCGGAACUGGCCAGCUCCCCAAAGUAAAAACAUGGUGUCUGCCUGCC